CAACAAUAUAAGCUGAAAAAAUGAAGGUGAACUCGUGGGGACUGGCGAUUUUGGUGGCAGUGGUUGUUGCGGGAGUGGUGGAGGUGGGAUGGGCGGUGACAUGCAGCCCAAUGCAAAUGAGCCCGUGCGUGGGCGCCAUAAUAUCAUCGAGCCCGCCGUCGGCGCUGUGCUGCAGCAAGAUCAAGGAGCAGAAGCCGUGCCUGUGCGGCUACCUCAAAAACCCUUCGCUUAGGAGCUUCGUGGACUCUCCCAAUGCCAGGAGAGUCGCCUCUGACUGUGGAACUCCAUUCCCCACUUGCUAGUUUGAAUCCAUAUAUAUAUAUGGAGUUCCUCUGUUUCAUUUCCUUCCCUAUGUAAUAUGUAUUGUGUUAUAACUCUGUUUGUGACUUUUAUGUUAAAAUAAUGGAGUUUUCUUUUUGUGUGUGUGUGUAUUUUGGAUAAUUCUGUGAUCCAACUCUCUGUUUCAUGAAAAACUUUCAUAAGUCAACUUAUUUCAUGUAUGCUGAAUAAAAGACCUUGAAAUUUUUGUCCAAAA